AUGGCUGAAUUCAGAUCUUUUUCAGUCUCGCAAGAGACUAACGGAUUGUCUGAUAUUAAGAAUGUUGAGCUUCACGAUGAAAAGUCUCAGGUUACUGACCAUAAGGACCUUGACAGAACCCUGUCAGCAUCCUCUGAUUCAGAUGACUCUAUGGUGGUCAUCAAGUCGUUUGGUAUUCGUAAAUCGGAGCUUAUCAUGGAACAAAUGACAUCCACAUGGCAGAAGGUGAUCUUCUGUUUUACUAUCUUUCUUGGUAUGUACAUCAUUUCGGUGGAAAACUAUGCCAUUAGCGUUCUUCUGAGUUAUGCUACGAACUCUUAUAAGCAGCAUUCGCUUAUGUCUACUAUUGGCAUUAUUAGGUAUGUUGCAUCUGGUGCUGCUUACCCUUUCUUUGCAAGAGCUGCUGAUAUCUUUGGUCGUCUUCCCUUGUUCAUUGUCGCUUUGAUUUGUAAGGUGAUUGGUAACAUCGUCCAGGCAAAGGCUACUGAUGUACAAAAGUAUGCUGCUGGAUCUGUUUUCUUUGCUUUGGGUAACUCAGGUCAAGCCAUCUUGUGGCAGCUCAGUUUGUGUGAUGCAACGUCCUUGAAGUGGAGAACCUUUGCUGUGGGUGCCAUGAGUAUGCCUACCAUCGUGAACACUUGGUCUAUUGGAGAGAUUAUUGCUGAGCUUUUGGCAAACCAUAGUUGGAGUUUCGGUACUGCCCUUUGGGCUUAUACUACACCUUUGGUGUGUUUACCGUACAUUCUCUUUUACCUUCACUUGAUUAUAAAGGCAAGAAGAACAGAGACUUGGAAGCAGAUCAACAGAGAAGAGCAGGAGAACUUUAUUGAAGGUAGCCCAAGGGCCAAGAGAUACCAGCUUGAACUCGAUGGUAGCGCUUCAACUAUAGGUAAGUUCAAGGGCUACACCAAAGUGCUUUUCCUUCGUUUGGUGGAUAACUUACAUGCCAUCUUCUGGAAGGUGGACUUGAUUGGAUGUCUUUUGGUUGCUGUUGUUCUUGGUCUCCUUUUGGUUCCUUUAACUCUUGCUGGAGGAACACGUUCCCAAUGGCAAAGAGCUUCUACCAUCGUCCCUCUUGUGAUGGGCUUUGUUGCAAUCCCUAUCUUUAUCUUCUGGGAAACCAAGUGUACCAAAAGACCUUUGCUUCCAUGGAAGGUUAUGAAAGACCGUGGUGUUUGGGCAGCAUUCCUCAUGAGUUUGUUCACAACCUUUGUUUAUGGAAUGCCUGAUGACUACUCUUACCCUGUGUUGCUCGUUGGAAUGAACGCUUCUGUCACUGUCGCCACAAGAACCCCAGCACUUAAGGGCUUCUUAGAAGGUCUUACUGUUCCUAUCGUUGGCCUUAUGUUGACUAAAGUCAGAAGAACCAAAUUGUUUGUGCUCUUUGGUGUUGCCAUGAUGUUCAUUGCCAUGGGCCUCUUUGUUCAUUUCAGAGGUGACAACGAUGGAGUCCGUGCCAAGUAUUACCGUGAUGGUGUUGCUAUUGGAAUGUGUUUUGUCGGUGUGGCAUGUGGAUGUCUCCUUCGUGUUGGUGCCGUUUCUGUCCAGGCAUGUACUAACCACGAAUACAUGGCCUCUGUUAUUGCAGUCUUCUCCAUGUCCUACCUUGUUGGAUCAGCACUCUCCAAGAGUAUUUCUGGUGCCAUUUGGACCCAACAAAUGUAUGGUGUUAUCGUGGAGAAAAUGACAGAGUUGGGCGUUGACCCCUCCAUGGCUUUGAGUGCUUACCUGGAGCCAUACACGUUUAUUAUGCUCGCUCCAUGGGGUUCGGCGCCAAGAAGAGCCAUCAGUAUGGCUUAUGCCGAGCUUCAAAGAAAGCUUUCGAUUGUGGGCGUCUGUCUUUGUGUUCCUUUGCUUGUCUGGGUGCUUCUAAUGAGAGACCACAGGUUGCCUGAUACCCAGAACUUUGGCGAUCUCGACCCAAGUCUUAGUGACCAAGAGAAUGCUAAGAAGGCAGCUGAGCGUGAUAAGUCUCAGAUUGUCUUUAGCGAUGACAAGGAUUAUAUCUUGGACUUCUUGAAGAGGAUGGUGGGCAUAAAGCCCAAGUCUCCAAAUUACGAGUAG